GACACUUCCCUUUGACGCCUCAGCUCAUCUGAAUCUACCGGACGAGUCAAACCAUUACGAGUUGUAGACUAAAAUGGAUACUUUGUUUUUCCUUAUAUUUAUACUUUUUCGAUGUACUUCGUCAAACAGUUUCCUUAUUGUGCACACCCCAAAGAAACUGUGCCUGUCUACCCACAAAACGACCGUUAUCCUUGGAAAAUGCAAUGUCGCCAGUCCCUAUCAACAAUGGGAAUGGACGAACGAUAUGAAGUUGCAUCACACGCAGUCGUCGAAGUGUCUCUGGGCCAACACGAGCAGUGCGAUACCUCUGCACGCUCGCCUGGCCUCAAUCAUCAACUGUGACAGCGCACAUGCCUGGAAAUGUUACGACAAACAGGGGACUUUCGGCUUAGCGGAGGAGCCCAUGUACCUGAAGAAACAAGGUACACGCGUUGUGAUUAGAGGAGAUCCGAAGUAUUCCAACUGGACAAAGCACGAAGAAGUCGACUCUGGAGGAGGACAGGUGAUGACACAUUUAUGCUCGCGUAAAGGGUCCACCACCAUCUUAACCACCAGAAUGUAUUCAUCCACGCACAAACCGGUGGCAUACACCAGCACUGUCCACGCCAUCCGAACGGCCCCUGUAACAGCCAUAAACACUCACUCUUCAUCAAACGCUAUGAACACCCAUAGGAGGACCACUCGUCAGAUCUCUACGUUAAUAGUUCCCAUCACAACGCCCAACAAUGCGGUGACCUAUGAGUCUAUGGUGGCAACGCACACUUAUGACCUCGUCAAGACUCAGACGAUGGGUUUCAUUCCCAGGUCCGUCUCAACGGUCAUCACGGCAUCUGGGACAGCUCUCAACGACAGCCAUGAUUUUAUCUGGUCCAGUCCUGCUUUGUCCACAACUGACUCUGCCAUGGACGAAACGGUGAACGCUGCCACCGAAAAUACCCUCCUCGACUCGAGGAACGGAGCCAAGAUUCCAUCAGUAAACCAAGCAACAUCCAGUUCCACACCCCCUAAUGUAGAUGAGCUGGUGUCAACUGCCUCUACCACUACUGUGGUUUCCUCUACAAUUUCCUCAGUGCCCAACUCAAGUGCUAUGACUGAUUCACCAUCCACUUCUGCAUCCGUAGUCGUUACCUCUGAUGCUAAAGUCCCAACUUCUGUUGCUUUAACUACCCCUACCCCUGAUUCCAUCUCUAAUUCUUCUGCUACCACCACACCUACCGAUACCACAACAUUGUCCACAACUAGAAAAGUACCCCCCAGAAAGACUGUGGUUCCAUCUACAACCAAAACCACAACAAUGCAGACUACAACAACCACUGCCCCUCCUACUCCUACUACUUCUACUGUCGGCCAAACCACUAUGACUACAUCAAAUCCCAUUAUAAAAUUAGCCUCACCCACAACCGCCAUAGCCUCACCCACAAUAACUUCCACUCUGCCCACAACCUCCUCAGCUCCACCAACAACAUCUUCAACUUCGCCCAUAACAUCUUCAACAAUAAAGAUUACAGCUAAAACCACAAAGAGAAUAGCCCCAACCACAACCUCCACAGCCCCACCCACAAUAACUUCAACUCUGCCCACAACCUCCUCAGCUCCACCAACAACAUCUUCAACUUCGCCCAUAAUCUCUUCAACUUCACCCACAACCCCUCCAAUCACAUCUACAAAUGCCCCACCCAUGACCACUACAAUGCCUCCCACAACUACAACAACCCUGCCCACAACUACCAAGACUUUGGCCACAACUACCGUAACCACAACUACUGCAACCACAUCCACAACUACCGCAACCACACCCACAACUACCGCAACCACACCCACAACUCCAGCAACCACACCCACAACUACCACACCCACAACUACUACAACCACACCCACAACUACCACACCCACAACUACUACAACCACACCCACAACUACCAAAACCACAACUACCGUAACCACAACUACUGCAACCACACACACAACUACUGCAACCACACCCACAACUACCACACCCACAACUACUACAACCACACUCCCAACUACCACACCCACAACUACUACAACCACACCCCGAACUACCACACCCACAACUACUACAACCACACUCACAACUACCAAAACCACACCCACAACUACCAAAACCACACCCACUUCUACUACAACCACACCUACUUCUAUUACAACCACACCUACUACUACCACCACAACCAUAGCUCCACUCACAACUACUAGAACCACACCCCCAACUACCAAAACCACACCCACAACUACCACUUCUACCACAACCACACCUUCUACCACAACCACUCCCACUCCCACUACAACCAUAGCUCCACUCACAACUACCACAACCACACUCCCAACUACCAAAACCACACCCACAACUACCACAACAACCACACCCACUACUACCACAACCACAACCACACCCCCAACUACCACAACCACACCCACAACUACUACAACCACACCCACAACCACCAAAACCACACCCACUUCUACCACAACCACACCCACAACAACCAUAGCUCCACUCACAACUACCACAACCACACCCCCACUCACCACAACCACACCUACCACAGCCACACCCACUUCUACCACAACCACACCCACAACAACCAUAGCUCCACUCACAACUACCACAACCACACCCCCACUCACCACAACCACACCUACCACAGCCACACCCACACCCACAACUACCAAAACCACACCCACUUCUACUACAACCACACCUACUACUACCACCACAACCACACCCACCACAACAAUAGCACCACUCACAACUACUACAACCACACCCCCAACUACCAAAACCAAAACCACACCCACUUCUACUACAACCACACCUACUACUACCACCACAACCACACCCACCACAACCAUAGCUCCACUCACAACUACUACAACCACACCCCCAACUACCAAAACCAAAACCACACCCACAACUACCAAAACCACACCCACAACUACUACCACAACCACUCCCACUACAACCAUAGCUCCACUCACAACUACCACAACCACCACACCUACUUCUACCACAACAACAACCACACCCACUACUACCACAACCACACCCCCAACUACCACACCCACAACUACUACAACCACACCCACAACUACCAAAACCACACCCACUUCUACCACAACCACACCCACUACAACCAUAGCUCCACUCACAACUACCACAACCACACCCCCACUCACCACAACCACACCCCCAACUACCACAGCCACACCCACAACUACUACAACCACAACUACACCCACAACUACCUCACCCACUUCUACCACAACCACACCCACUACUACCACAACUACCACACCCCCACCCACAACAGCUACAGCUCCAACAACUACUACAGUACUGACUACGACCACAGAGUUGACCACCACCCCACAGGUCGAGACCACUGAGGCAGUAAAGUGUUCAUUUAACCUGACUGAAACCAGCGCCAAUACGGAUUCUAUUGCACUGGAAUUGAUAACAACAGGAGAAGCGUGUAACUUCACCGUGUUUUAUGAGACUCGUCGGUCCGAAAUAACGGAUUGUUAUCAACAUGGGAAGUACACUAAUGUGUAUAUCUGCGAUAUAAGGGAUUUGGAACCAGGAACAUUACAUCAAUUCGAAGUUAUAUCGAAGAAUGGAGAGAGAGGCAACGUAUCAGUGCGUACAGACCCAGUGGGUCCAUCCAGGUUGGACGUACUACCAGACCUGAUCCAAGCAACCCAGUAUAAGAGUCCUAUUCAGGGUCAGGGUGGCUCCCAUGGCCUGCACAUAUCCUGGCCUCGAUCUCGUGGGCAGGUUGACUGGUAUGAGGUCACACUACAGGACACCAAAACAGGGACGAGCCGCAGUACCCGCAUCAUGGGAACUGCCGCCACUCAGUCUCGCUUCACAGCCCUCACCCCUGGAACCCUCUAUGCCCUCAGCCUGGUGGCAACGGCUGGGAAUAAAACAGCCCUGCCAGUGCUGGCCACUGCAGCCACAGCUCCCUCAGCUGUCAGCGGCCUCCAGCUCUCACCCUCCUCCAGCAGCCUGGGUGUUUCCUGGCAGCCCGGUCCAGGCAGGAGAGAGGGUUUCAGGGUGCUACUGAGGGAGCAGCAGGGCGCCCUAGUCAGGAACGUCACCCUUAAGAGUAGUGUCACCUCCCACACCCUUGACGACCUGUUGCCUGGGACCCUGUACACUGUCACCGUGGUGACUGAGGCUGAAGGCCUCCAGAACGCCAUCUCCAAACAAGCAGUCACAGUUCCUGUGGCGGUAACAGAGCUCUUCUUGGAGAACCACGGCAGUCUGGACACCCUGAGGGCCUCCUGGGUCAAUGCUAGGGGCGGCGUGGAUGCAUACCUGGUCUCCCUGGCAACCCUAGGCUCAGCCAACCAGGAUAGGAAGCUUCCCCCCAACGCCACUGAAGUGGUCUUCAGCGGCCUGACCCCUGGACGGCCCUAUCAGGUGACUGUGAGGUCAAAGGUCGGAGAGCAGAUAACUGAGGCAGUGGCCACAGGUAGAACAGUGCCAGCCAAGGUGUCUCAGCUGUCCAUGGUGGGCGUCAUUGAUGGCAGCACUCUGAAGAGUACAUGGUUGCCCCCAAGAGGGGACUGGGAGAACUAUCGUGUCCUGCUACUGAACGGCACGGUGGCUCUAGUCAAUGAGACAGUGAGCAGGCUGGUUAGACAGUACUCCUUCUCUGUAGCUUCCUUGGGGCUGGUGCCUGGCAGGCUCUACACAGCUCAGGUCAUGGUGGAGAGCGGUCUGUUUGGCAACACCGCUCAAUGUCAGGGGAGGCUAGCCCCUCAGCCUGUCCAGCAGCUGAUGGUCCGUCACGGUGAUGAGACGUCUCUGAGUGUGCUGUGGUCUCGCCCCGCGGGGGUGUGGGACGGGUACACCGUGGUCUUGAGACAGGGGGACACUGUUGUGUCACAGAGAACACUGUCCCGUGACGCCAGGGAGUGCACAUUCAACGUCCUCAUGCCCGGACGCCAGUACGCCAUCGCCGUCACGACCAACAGUGGGGGCCUAAACAGCUCGGCUUCAGUGAUUGGACGAACCACUCCGGCGCAGGUGACCAGUCUGCGUGUGACCAACGGUGGCAGCACAGACAGCCUCCAAACCCAGUGGGAGCGGGCGGUCGGCGAGCUGGACUCGUACCGUGUGCUGCUUAUCCACGAGAGCAGUGUGAUCAAGAACGAGAGCACCCCGGCCCACACCACGGCCUACAGCUUCCUGGCGCUGAAGCCUGGAGCCCUCUACAGGGUGGUGGUCACCACUGUCAGGGCCGGACAAGCCUCCAGACAGAGCGUGGCAGAUGGAAGCACAGUCCCUGCUGCCGUAGGCGAGGUGACAGUCAGUAACAACGGUCGUAUGGACUUCCUCAGUGUGUCGUGGCGACCAGCCCAAGGUGACGUGGAUAGUUACCUGGUCACCCUGAAGGACCGCGAGAGGACCGUCCACACCCUGGUCGUGUCCAAGUCCAGCCCUGAGUGUGUGUUCAAGUCCCUGGUGUCUGGACGGCUCUAUAACAUCUCCAUCGUCUCCCGCAGUGGAGUCUACGAAAACCACACCAUCGUGCAGGAACGCACACAGCCCUCUAGUGUCCAGAACCCCACAGCGAUCCACUCGGCCAGGGAUGACUACCUGAAGGUGUACUGGCGCCAUGCGGCAGGGGACUUUGACUACUACCAGGUGGUCAUCAAGCACAACAACAUCUUCCACCAGAACAAGACGAUUAUGAAGAGCCAGAACGAGUGUGUGUUCAACGGCCUGGUGCCCGGGAGACUCUACACUGUCAUCGUCAGCACCUGGAGCGGGAAGUAUGAGACCAGCGUGUCCACGGACGGAAGGACCUUCCCUGCGGCGGUGAGAUCACUAGCUCUGGCUGGGCGGGGCACGGAGGACCUUCAUGUCACCUGGCUGGCUGCUCUGGGGGAUGUGGAUCACUACGAGGUGCAGCUCCUCUUCAACGACAUGAAGGUGUUCCCGCCCAUCACCCUGGGCAGCAGCGCGGGGGCGUGUGUCCUGUCCUCCCUCACCCCGGGACGCCUCUAUAAGAUCCAUGUUUCCACCUUCAGCGGACCCAACCAGAGGGCCCAGUUCAUAGAGGGCAGGACAGUUCCCAGCAAGGUCAAGAACAUCCAUGUGAGCAACAAUGGGCAGAGCAACAGCCUGCAGAUCAGCUGGACCCCGGGGCAGGGUGACGUGGACAGCUACUCUGUGUCGUUGUUACUGGACGGGCCAGAGGGACGCAUGCUGGAGACGCGACCCGUACCCAAACACCCAAAUCAGCUGGGAUUCAAUUCCCUGCAGCCUGGGCAGCUGUACAGUGUGACUGUAAGGUCUAUCAGUGGUAUACUGGUGAACAACAACACGGCCAGCGGACGCACCGUCCCCUCUGCAGUGACGGGCCUGCAGGCUGACAACAGACACACAACCUGCAGUAUUCAGGUGAGCUGGCAGGAGGCCCGGGGAGUGGCGGACGGCUACAUUCUGCAGCUGCUGGACGACAGGGGACACCUGGUCACCAACAACUCCCAGGCCUCCUCUGGGUCCACUCCGCUCCAGCACCACUUCGACGGCCUCACCCCGGGGAAGAGGUACCACGUCCUGGUCCACACCACCAGCGGAGGGGUCCGCAGUGAGGGGGUCACCGCUGAAGCACGCACGCGUCCGGCGGCGGUUAGCGACCUCUCCAUCCAGGCCAACAGCAGCAGCAGCCUGUCCUUCCACUGGUCUCCCCCAGAGGGAGAGUUGGAAGGUUACGACCUCUACCUGUACAAUGGAGACGACACCCUGUACGACCGGCGCAGUGGCCAGCCUAACACACUGCAGGUCUCCUUCCAGGGCCUGAGGCCUGGUGCCCCCUACAGGAUGGUGGUGUUAACACGCAGCGGAGAGCAGACCAAUGACUCAGCUAUCUGGGCCAGGACUGUCCCAGCUGCAGUGACGUCUCUGCAGGCCCGAAGUCAUCCCCAGGCGGAGGAGCUCCGGGUGUCGUGGGAGCGUGCAGAGGGGGAGCUGAGCGGCUACCUGCUGUCUGUCUACAACCCAGAUGGCUCUCAGCAGGCAGAGGAGGCUCUAGGGCCCGACGCCACGGAGUAUGCCGUCCCCACGCUGAUCCCCGGGCGCCUCUACUAUGCUGUCAUCCUCACCCGCAGUGGAGAGCUCACAAACAGGGCCACCACUCAGGGCAGGACCGCCCCCAGACCCCCUACCUCUGUGUCAUUCGGCGGGGUCACCAACACUUCCCUGGAACUGACCUGGAGUGGUCCUGCAGGCAGCGACUACGAUGACUUUGACCUGCAGUGGGAACCGCGGGACCAUCUGUCCGUGUUCAACCCCUACCACACCCGGACCUCCGGCAGCCGCAUCCUUAAGGGCCUGUACCCCGGACGCUUGUACAACUUCAGCCUGCGUACUGUCAGUGGGGCUGUUGGUGGUGUUGGUGAGGAUGGGAGCCCUGCCUACAGCCUGCCCAUCCACAAGAGCAUCCGAACCAAGCCAGAGCGUGUUCAGUACCUACACUGCCGCCCCCAGAACUCCACCUCCAUCUCCUGCUCCUGGGGCCCCCCGGAGGCCGACUGUGACUCCUACACCAUUGAGUGCCUCCACCAGGACUCCCGCACCCUGGUGUACUCCCGGCGUACGGGCCGUGACAGCACCCUCUACCACAUCACCCAGCUGGAGCCGCACAAACGCUACACCGUCUCCAUCAAGGCUAUCUCCGACAGCAUGACCAGCGAGGCCGCUGAGGAUAGCGUGGUCACCAUGAUCGACCGCCCUCCCCUCCCUUCCCUCAGCACCCGGGUUAACAACAGGGCUGCUCUCAUCACCAAAAACACCAUCUUCUUCAAGUUUAACUGCAGCUGGUUCAGUGACAUCAACGGAGCAGUAAAGUUCUUCACAGUGGUGGUGACCGAGUCUGAAAACAAUGAAAACAUUCAACCAGAGCAGUACCACCCUCUACCCUCCUAUCUGGACUACAAAUUGAACAGUUCCGUCAAGGCCUACCAAACCAGCUACUUCCCCAGCCGCUGCACAGAGGGAUCAGACAGCGAGACCAAGAGCUUUGCGAUCAGCCUGGGUACGGGUAUGGACACCCUCGGGGGGGCAUGUGACCACCUACAGGCCCAGGACAGGGAGCAGGACCCAGACAAGCACAGAGACCACCCUUUCUGUGAUGGCCCACUCAAACCCAAAACUGCAUACAGGCUCAGUGUGCGUGCGUUCACCAAGCUUUUUGACGAGGAGCAGAGCAGAUACACCCCGCCCCUCUACACAGACACUUACCUGUCCCUCCCCCUGGUCACAGAAGCAGAGCCCCUGAGCGGUGUGAUCGAGGGCAUCAGUGCCGGCAUGUUCCUCAUUGUCAUGGUGGUGGGAGUCACUGCACUGCUCAUCUGCAGACAGAAGGUUCGCAAAGUUAGUGUGCAGGAGCGGCGGGUGGUCCGACUGAGCAUGAGGAGGGAGAGGCCCACAUCAGGAGUGCACAUGGGCGUCAGGGGUAACCGUCGUAUUUCAAGCCCCGUCAAGAUCAUGCACUUUGAGUCCCACUACACCAAACUCCAGGCUGACUCCAAUUAUCUACUGUCUGAGGAGUACGAAGACCUGAAAGAUGUAGGAAGGAACCAGCCCCUGGACACAGCCCUACUGCCAGAGAACAGAGGGAAGAACCGAUACAACAACAUCCUUCCCUACGACUUGACCCGUGUGAAGCUGUCCUAUGUUGAUGAUGAUCCGUGCUCUGACUACAUCAACGCCAGCUACAUUCCUGGAAACAACUUCCGUAGGGAGUACAUCGCCACUCAGGGCCCACUUCCUGGAACCAAGGAUGACUUCUGGAAGAUGGUGUGGGAGCAGAAUGUCAAUAACAUUGUCAUGGUGACGCAGUGUGUGGAGAAAGGCAGGGUGAAGUGUGAUCACUACUGGCCCUUUGACCAGGAACCUUUGUAUUAUGGAGACCUCAUAGUCCAGAUGCUGUCUGAGUCUGUGCUGCCAGAGUGGACUAUCCGGGAAUUCAAGAUUUGCAGCGAGGACCAGUUGAACUACUCCAGGGUGGUGCGUCAGUUCCACUACACGGUGUGGCCCGACCACGGCGUCCCAGAGACCACCCAGUCACUCAUCCAGUUUGUCAGGACCGUCAGGGACUAUGUCAACAGGACCCCUGGGUCUGGGGCCACCGUAGCUCACUGCAGUGCUGGUGUGGGCCGUACAGGGACUUUCAUAUCCCUGGACAGAGUCCUGCAGCAGCUGGACACAAAGGACACAGUAGACAUCUACGGAGCUGUCUUCGACCUGCGUCUCCACCGCUCACACAUGGUGCAGACUGAGUGCCAGUAUGCGUAUCUCCACCAGUGUAUGAGAGACGUCCUCCGAGCCAGGAAGCUUCGCAGUGAGCAGGAGAACCCCCUCUACCCCAUCUAUGAGAAUGUCAACCCUGACCCCCAAAGAGAUAUGGUGUAUGCCAGACGUUAAAGAGUGUCAGGACUACUGAAGGAGAGAACUGUUUGUACUUUCACUAGUAUAGCACUGCAGGGACACAUGUUCUACUAUUUCUGUUGAUUGUUCUUUUCUAGAUAUUAUGGAAUAUAGAACACUUUAUAGCUAUUAAAUGAUAUGAGAAUAUAUAUUAACAGAAUUGUAUAUACUUGCCUUAUAUCUGUGUGUUUGUAUAUAUGCUUUACAUUUGCAUCAUUGGCUUUCGUACACAGUGUGUUCAUUUUGUUUGUUAAGCUGCCAUUUAUACAUUAUUACGUGGAACAGACCAAAAACCUGUAAAAAAUAAUAAUCUGAUACUGCAUAAGUAAAAAUGAUCUAACAGUA